AUGCUUGCUUCAGUUCUAUGGCUUUCUGAAUUAGACCAGAUUGCGUUACUCAUGGGUGCUGAAGAACUUAUCCAUGGGAAUGUACAGUGGCUUCUCAUACAGGAUCAAGGCCUUUUCUUUGAUAGGGAACAUAUUGUAGUGCUUCCUGUAACUAGGAGCAUGGCAAGAACAUAUUGUGGUGCUUCCUGUAACCAGGCGCAUUGCAUCAAUCAUAUUGUCGUGCUUCCUGUAACUAGGAGCAUUGCAUCAAUGGGUCCUUCCUGUAACUAUGAGUGGGAACAUAUUGUAGUGCUUCCUGUAACUAGGAGCAUGGCAGGAACCUAUUGUGGUGCUUCCUGUAACUAG